CAAAUUGCAUUUGUAGGGUUAAUCCAAAAUGAAAUUAAGUCUGUUUAUAUUUGCAGAUUUUCUUCCCACAGAGUACACUGCUGGGGGAUGACCUGCUUCAGUGGUGUUUGUGUGUCAACACCACCUAACUAACAUUCAGUAUUAGCUAAAGCUUUAUUAUGUCCCCUGGAGUGCUCUUUAAGAAUAUAAGUGGAAAAAAGUACUCUUCUCCCACGGUACACACCCAAUGUAUUUCUUUGGGGGUGUGAAAUUUGCUGUCUCCUUUGGACAGCUGAAAUAACAAGCACUAGCUUACCAUGCAGUAUAUAUGUAUUGCUACUUUUACAAAGUGCCAGUGUGAAAAGUGGAAGAGCUCUUGAAAGUUGCUGAGCUUAAUUUCCAAGAUAUUUUUAACAUGACACACAGCUGUACAGUGACCGUAUUGGUCCUAGAGAAUAAAUUUAGUCCUAAACCACAAUAUCUAUAUAUGGUUGUUCUUUGCAAGAGAAACCUUCCACAGUAUACCUCCUUAUUCUCGGCAUCUAGAAAGUAGGGUCUGUAACAUGUCCCCUCCCCAUGACGGGAACAAAUACAUCAAAGAGUAAAGCAUCUUAGAACAGUGGUCAAAGGAGAAUUUUGUCUUUUGAGGAUUUGUGUGUGUUCUGUAGUACAAAAUGUUGAGCAGAUGUGAAUGCUUUUCUUUUGCUUCAGUAGUGCAAUGACAUAUGGUAUUUAAAAUGUGAAUCCAUCAGAAGAUGAACUGCCAAUCCCAUUAUUUCAACUGUGGUUUUUUGAAGGAUUUUUUCAAUUUAAUAUGGAAAAAACUGAUGUUGCUUUCUGAGCUCUGUCAGAAAUGUGCUAGGUUCAAUUUGAAUGGACCCAAGUUUGUGGGCUAUGGAAAAUGUUAUUCCUUCUCCUCUGCAACCUUUCAUAUGAAUUGCUGUUAAAUCAAAGAGAUAACACUUUAACAAUCUAUGAAUUAAUAGUGAGUAGUCAUGCUAAUGCCUUGAACUGUAGAGCAGGCUGUAAAAAGUAAUUGCUAAAGUUUCAUGUGGCAAUGGUUUGUGGAUCUCUUCUAAUGGUUUUCAGAAAACCUUUUCUUUAGAGAUUCAUUUCCAAGCAUUUUUACAUCACUCACCAUUCAAAACAAAUUAAGAGCUUAGGCAUUGAUUUAAACUGUUUUAAGAUUAUAAAGAUUUGUUCAAAUUUCAUUGCCAUGUCCUGGAAAUGUUACAAAUGUCAUCUGAAAGCUGACCAUGACAGAAGGUCUCAAAAUCUAUUUUGUAAGCUAAUUUGAACAUUAUGGAGCAAAUAGUGUUUUUAUAUGCAAGGUGAACCUCUACCAGUCCAGAGAAACAAAAUAUUUAUAGAAUGAGAGCAACUUUUAAUAGGACAUUGGAUGACGAGGACAGCAAAGAGAGAGCUAAAUUAGUUUCUCUUGACAGAAAAUUCCAAAGCCUGGGAACAGCUACCAAGAAGUUUGUCUCAUGCAUUUCUAUAGGUGGUGGCACCAAGAUAAGGAUCUCCCCUAGAGACAGAACACCCCCCCCCCCACACACACACACACACACACUCAUGCAGAGUAUAUGGGAGAAGAUGACCUUUCAGAUAGUCUGGUCCCAAGCCAGGUAGUUAACAGUCUGGUCAGAGAAUUCUGGAUAAGCUGAAGUUUCCGAGCAAUUUUCAGAGGUAGGCCUUUCUAGAGUGUUUUACAGUAGUCCAAACAAAGUGGGUAGACACAACACAUAUUCCUGUGAACAUGGUUGAAAUUGGGAGUAUGAGGGCUGUGGAGGCCCUCUGUCAGUUUCUAGGAGAUCAGGACAUUUUUUCAAAUCCACGUAAGAACAAAGUAGAAUGCAUGUAAAAAAUAAUGCACUUUUCAUUAGUUUCUAGAAUGCUGAUCUAAAAGGGGACUUCUGCUAAAAAUGGAGUUAAGCAUAAGAUACUGAGUUUACUGGGUUGAUUACUGAACUUAAAGCAUUAAUUUCUCUUUUGGGACAAUUUUAAUAGUUGAGGUCCAGAAUCAAAGGGACAUAAUUUUUUGUUCACCUAUAUAGAUUGUGGAAUAUUACUGUCAUAGAAAGUAACUGAAAGCUUAAAGUGGCACACAUGCCCUUCUGUAUAUCAUUAAAGCAUUUUUACUGAGACAUUGAUAAAUCAACAUUUAUUUAAUUCUAAUUAGUUUUAAAUUAGCUCAUGGCCCUAAAAAUGUACCACUGCAAUAUAAAUUCCUUAUAAAAUAUGCUUACAACCUAUAGCAUAGGAGAACAAGAGAGUUGACAAAAAAACGCUGAUGAAACCAGGUUUAUUUUUUCGUUUUAGUUAGACUAGUUAUUAUUCAACUAAAUCUAUUCUUGGUCAAGCAUUGAUUGGUCAAGACAAGGGUGAAAACUUGUCUGCCUGCUUUGUUGACAUUGCAUAAUAUCUAGCAGUUUCUCAUCUAGUGUGAGAGGUUGAAGGGUGCUAAUCCAUGUACUGAGAUUUUGGAGGCUAUCUUGCCCUGGGCAAGUUCCCCAGCUGCACCCUGCUGUAGCCCAAAUACCUUUCCUUCCCUCUCUCUUUCUUUCUGGGGCUUCUGUCUUAAAUUCUCAGAUACCUAACUGGAAGGGUCAAUAUUGUUGAGAGUUAAUACUCAAAGGAAGAGAGAUGCUCAGCUCUGUUUAGAAUGGUGGGCAGCUGCAGUGUACUGAGUCAGACCCUUGGCCCAUCUAGACCUGCACUGUCCACUCUGAGCAGCAUGGCUCUCCAGGGUUUCAGGCAGGCUUCCUUCCCAGCCUUUCUGAAGGAGCCGGGGAUUGGCCUGGGAAUCUUCUGUUUGCAAGGCAUGUGCUUUACAUUGAUGCUUUGCAGCCUUUUCUCAAGAAAGGGCAUAGUGAAGAACUAGAUUAAAAAAUCUUGCAUCAGUCCAAAGACGUUAGUUACUGAAAGCAACAAAUUAAUCUUGCAUAAUUAACCUCAAGUUUGUCGCAGAGAAAUCAAAUUGAAAAUAUAUGAAUCUGUUGGGUGAGGUUGAGGUCUAAAAAUUUCCACAGGUGCAAGGGUGAAUGACCCCCUAACUCUGGAUGACCAUCCCAACUAAAUUAAGGAUUUCUGUCGCUGAGUCAUGGCAGACAGAAGACCAGAGAAGUCAUGUGAACAAGCAUGUGAAUCACUCAGACAGCAGGAUUAUGAAGUGGCUGUGAAGCACUGCACGGAGGCCCUUUUUUCCCUCAGCCAGUACCCUCCCACUCACUUCCCAGACGCAUGCCAGGCUGAAAUCGACCGCAUCAAAAUUGAGAGCCUUCUCUAUAGAAUCGCUUCUUCUUUGCAACUUAAAAACUAUGGGAAAGCAGAUGAGGACUGUAGGCAUGUACUGGGAGAAGGACUGGACAGGGAAGGUGACACUUUCCGUGCAGUGCUUUGCUGCAUGCAUCUUAAAGGGAAUCUACAGGUUGUAUCUAACGUGCUUUCUAAGUCACUGAUGGGCGAAUCACUGAAUGGGAUGGUAACUAAAGAUCUGACAAGACUGAAAACACUUCUCAUUGAAACGGAGGCAGCAGCUGGUAAAGUUCCCUCAAUAUACCAUGCAGAAGAGUUGGAAGAAGGAUCUGAGGAUGGCUGGCAAUUUCGCCCCCCACCCAGGGGAGUUACAAGUAGUGAGGAGUACACAUUAUGCAAAAGAUUUUUAGAACAAGGAAUCUGCAGGUAUGGUGCACAGUGUACUUCGGCACAUUCCCAGGAAGAGUUAACAGAAUGGCAGAAAAGAUAUGCAUCCCGCUUGAUAAGGUUAAAACAGCAGAAGGAAAGUAAACAAUGUCUGGGAAGUUACAUGGAAUCCUUGAUUGAAAAAUGGAUGAAUUCUUUAUCUCCUGAGAAAGUGCUUAGUGAAUGCCUAGAUGGUGUGAGAGUUGAGCAUAACCCUGAACUGUCACUUACUGUCACCACCAAAAAAUCACAACAGAUGUGGACAUUUGCUCUCUCAUGUAAGCCUGCAAGAAUGUUGUAUCGAGUGGCGCUGCUUUACGAUGCUCAUCGUCCCCAUUUCAGUAUCACGGCAAUAUCUGCUGGAGAUAGUGCUACCCAGGUAUCACAAGAAGUCCCAGAAAACUGCCAGGAAUGGAUAGGAGGAAAGAUGGCGCAGAAUGGAUUAGACCACUCUGUGUACAAAAUCAGCAUAGCCUUUAGCACAGAAAUCUUUGGGACGUUUCGCCAAACUGUGGUGUUUGAUUUUGGGACUGAGCCGGUUUUGAUGCAACGAGUAAUGAUUGAUGCUGCUUCCACAGAAGAUCUUGAAUAUCGAAUGAAUGCACGGCAACAACUGUUAACUACAGCCAAGCGUUGGGAUUCCACUUCUAAGACGAUUGUAGAAUUUGAGCCAAAUGAGACUACUGAAUUGGAUAAGAGCCUUCUGAUCAGAUACCAAAUUCCGCUGUCUGCUGACCAGCUAUUUACACAGUCAGUCUUGGACAAAUCAUUGACCAAGAAUAACUAUCAGUCACGAUUGCAUGACCUCCUUUAUAUUGAAGAAAUAGCACAAUAUAAAGAAGUCAGCAAGUUCAACAUAAAAGUGCAAUUGCAGAUUGUAGCAAGCUUCAUGCUCACCGGUGUUUCUGGAGGUGCAAAAUAUGCCCAAAAUGGACAGCUUUUUGGACGAUUUAAGCUCACAGAAACGCUUUCUGAGGACACUUUGGCAGGGCGACUGGUGAUGACCAAAGUCAAUGCUGUUUAUUUAUUGCCAGUCACUAAAGAGAAGUCAGUACUUACCCAAGGAACCAAAGAGAAGGUCUAUGAAGCAGCUAUUGAGGAAAAAACAAAGGAGUAUAUCUUUUUGAGAAUAUCCAGGGAAUGCUGUGAAGAACUUAAUCUUCGAGCAGAUUGUGAAAUGCAGGUUGAACUUCAGUUUCAGUUAAACCGCUUACCCCUCUGUGAAAUGCAUUAUGCCUUGGACAGAAUCAAGGACAACAGUAUUCUCUUUCCAGAUGUCAGCAUGAUUCCCACAAUACCUUGGAGUCCCAACAGACAGUGGGAUGAGCAAUUGGAUCCUAGGCUCAAUGCAAAGCAGAAAGAGGCUGUUCUGGCUAUCACAACUCCACUUUCAAUACAGUUGCCUCCUGUGCUUAUCAUCGGUCCCUAUGGGACAGGCAAAACCUUCACUUUGGCUCAGGCAGUCAAGCACAUACUCCAACAGCAGGAUACUAGGAUUCUCAUUUGCACCCAUUCUAAUAGUGCUGCUGAUCUCUACAUAAAGGAUUAUUUACAUCCAUAUGUAGAAGCAGGCAAUCCCCAGGCAAGACCUCUCAGGGUAUAUUUCAGAAAUCGCUGGGUAAAAACUGUCCACCCAGUUGUGCAUCAGUACUGUUUGAUUUCAAGCACACAUUCCACCUUUCAGAUGCCACAAAAAGAAGACAUUCUUAAACAACGAGUAGUAGUAGUUACUUUGAAUACAUCACAAUAUCUAUGUCAACUGGAUCUUGAACCUGGUUUUUUUACACAUAUUCUGUUAGAUGAAGCUGCACAAGCAAUGGAGUGUGAGACGAUCAUGCCUCUAGCACUAGCAAAUAAAAAUACAAGAAUUGUCUUGGCUGGAGACCAUAUGCAACUUAGUCCUUUUGUCUAUAGUGAAUUUGCCAGAGAAAGAAAUCUUCAUGUUUCAUUACUGGAUCGACUCUAUGAACAUUACCCUGCAGAAUUUCCAUGCAGGAUCUUACUGUGUGAGAACUAUCGCUCCCAUGAAGCUAUCAUCAACUAUACUUCUGAACUUUUCUAUGAGGGCAAGUUGAUGGCAAGUGGAAAACAGCCAGCACACAAAGAUUUCUACCCUCUGACUUUCUUCACAGCACGAGGAGAAGAUGUGCAAGAAAAAAACAGUACUGCUUUUUACAACAAUGCAGAGGUGUUUGAAGUAGUGGAACGUGUUGAAGAACUGAGGAGAAAGUGGCCAGUCGCCUGGGGAAAAUUGGAUGAUGGCAGCAUAGGUGUGGUAACACCAUAUGCUGAUCAAGUGUUCCGAAUUCGAGCAGAGCUUCGGAAAAAAAGAUUGUCUGAUGUCAGUGUUGAGAGAGUGCUAAAUGUUCAGGGAAAACAGUUUCGAGUGUUGUUUCUCAGCACAGUACGAACACGGCAUACAUGCAAACACAAGCAAACACCUAUAAAACGGAAGGAACAUUUAUUGGAAGAUUCAACAGAAGACUUGGAUUAUGGUUUUCUGUCCAAUUACAAGCUUCUCAACACAGCUAUUACAAGAGCCCAGUCCCUAGUAGCUGUCGUGGGAGACCCUAUUGCUUUAUGUUCCAUUGGAAGAUGCAGGAAAUUUUGGGAAAGGUUUAUUGCCUUAUGUCAUGAUAAUGAAAGUCUUCAUGGUAUCACGUUUGAGCAAAUCAAAGCUCAGUUAGAAGCUUUAGAAUUAAAGAAAACCUAUGUGUUGAAUCCACUGGCUCCUGAGUUUAUUCCACGGGCUCUGCGACAGCAGCAUUCAUCAAAUGCCAGUAAAUCACAGCAGUCUCCACCAAAGGUGAAGGGUCAUCAUCAUAGUCAAAGUGACCAUUUUCAGAGUGAUGGAAUUGUUCAGCCUAAUCCUUCCGUCUUAAUUGGAAAUCCUAUCAGAGCAUAUACUCCUCCACCUCCACCUGCACCACCUCCUGGGCCUCAUCCCAACCUUGGGAAAUCUCCUAGUCCUGUUCAAAGAAUUGAUCCUCACACUGGGACAAGCAUUCUUUAUGUACCUGCUGUUUACGGAGGAAAUAUGGUCAUGUCUGUGCCUUUGCCAGUACCAUGGACAGGGUAUCAGAGUAGGUUCGCAGUUGAUCCUCGAGUCAUUACUCAUCAAGCAGCCAUGGCAUAUAAUGUAAAUCUAUUACAAGCACAUGGGCGUGGAUCUCCUAUCCCCUAUGGUCUUGGACAUCAUUCACCAGUUAGCGUAGGACAACAGCAGCAGCAGCAGCUUCAGCAUUCAGAGAAAGAGCAACUUGAACAAAAUCGAAACAGCAAAAAUGAUCCUGGCGUUGGACCUGAAAUCAGUAAAAUUCGGACACCUGAGAAAAAGCCUAUGGAAGUCAAACAGGUUGACUUAGAAGCAAAUCCCCAAAAUAGAAGCCCGGAAUCACGUUCCAGCACAACUUUUCCCAGUUCUAAAUUUCACCGUAAAGAUAACCUUAACCCCAGGCAGCUGAAUCUUCAUCUCACCCCUCCUCAUGCUCAGUAUGCUGUUCCUAAUCGCCAUUUUCAGCACCUGUCUCAAAUUCCAAGGCAGCCAUAUCCUGUACAACAGCAGCAAAACCUCUUAAGUCAUCAACAAAACCAUUUGCCUGAACAGCAAAACCAAAUGCAUCCACAACAAAGCCAGAUAGUCCAGCAGCAUAAUCAUUUAAAUCAGCAGCCGCAGCCAUCUUCACAGCUUUCCCCUGCCUAUCAAACAGGCCCCAAUCAAUCUUUCUUUAAAAACCCUGUGCCACCCAGGCCUCAUUCCCCCAGUGUAGAUGGUGUGAUUUCAGAGCAGCAUCCUCCAUCUCUCUUACAAGAGGUCAGUAACCCCCUGAGACCCAUUGCACAGCACAACCCAAUGAUGCCAUCCCACUUGAACCACUUCGUGGAAGAGAAUCCUCCAGGGAUGCCUACAGGAGAACCAUUAGAUCGUAUUCAUGGAAAUUUAGCUUUGGAAACCCUAAGGCAACAGCAGGCAAGAUUGCAGCAGUGGAACGAGCAUAACGCCUAUCUCAGUCAGGGCAAUAUUCCUUACUCUCAUCAUCAUCAUCAUCACCCUCACUUGACCCACCUUUCUCAGCAGCCAAUUGGUCUGCAUCAACAGCCAGUUAGGGCAAACUGGAAACUUGCCAGCAAUGUAGAAGAAGAACCUGAAGCAACAUAUUCGAGGUUCCAGGAUUUUCUCCGAGAACUAUCACAUCGUGAACAAAAUGAAAGCAGGGACCUAGUUGAAAUGCCACCACCUCAGUCAAGACUUUUGCAAUACAGACAAGUUCAGCCCAGAAGCCCACCAGCACUCCCCUCCCCUUCCUGCAGUUCAAACCACAGUGGCCAUUUUCCUAACUUUGAGAAUAGAAAUAUUGAAAUAUCCAACAACCCAGCAUUUCAGCAGCAUUUGCCUCAAAUGUACAAUCCCCCUUUUUCAAUGCCAUCAGAACACAUAGCUGCACCUUCUUUGAAAUAUCUGCAAUCCGAUGGAUCAUGGACCUAUGCUAACAUACACCAGAGUCAUCUAAUGGGGCAAGGCUUUCAUUAUGGUAUACCUCCAUUGCCUCAUAGAUCACAGCAGAACCCUUUUAUACAAAUACAAAAUCAUCAGCACAUGGUUGGUCAGGAACCAUUUCACCCCCUCACAUCACGAGCAGUAUCUGCUUCUUCGCUGCACAGCUUAGAAGAGUAUGAACCAAGAGGACCAGGCAGGCCGUUGUACCAAAGAAGAAUUUCAUCUAGUUCAGCCCAGGCUUGUUCUGAAGAUGUAAACGCUCCUCAAGAUAGCCUUGGACAGUGUAAAGAGCUUCAGGACCAUAGUAACCCAUCCUCUUUCAAUUAUUCACCCCCAGAAUUGUGGGUAAAUACCACCUCAUCAGCCCCAUAUCAGAACAUUCCAUGCAAUGGAUCCAAUAGAGCAGGCCAGCCAAGAGAGCUGUUGGUUCCAGCGAAGACGGUCAAACCCCAGGAGGAACAGAUGAAAGCUGAAAGCAUCCAGAUGUCCAAUUCUUUUAAUUACAACAUGCUGCAGCAUCUUGGCCAGUUCCCGCCCCUCAUGCCCAACAAGCAGAUUGUUGAAUCCCACAGCAACAGCCAGCUGAGCACCGGGGUGAACAAGCCUGCCAUGUCCUACGCAAGUGCUCUGAGGGCUCCACCAAAGCCCAAGCCCGCUCCUGAGCAGGCAAAAAAGAAUAGUGACCCUUUGUCUUUGUUUCAGGAACUUAGUCUAGGUAGUUCAUCAGGUAGCAAUGGCUUUUACUCCUAUUUUAAAUAAUCAGAAUAUUUUUGUAGAGAAUUUUUAAUUUCUAUUCGUGUCAGUAGUUUUAAGAUAGUUGGGGCUUCCCCUGCAGUUGCCACCAUAUUUCUUUGUUUAUAUUAGUGAAUAUAUCUUGGUUUAAUUGCUUUGCUGCUAGACUUGAAGCUAACCUUUAUAAAUUAUAUUCCAUCUUCUUACUUUUUUUCCCUUUUGAUGUGGGUCAGAGAUUUGAGAAAAAAAUCCCUAGAAAAAUACACUUAAAAAUUAUGUAACUUUAUAUAUGUGUUGCAUUAAAGCUAGCAGCUGAAGAGUUAACUGUGCAACUUAAAAAAAAUAAAACAUUAAAAAAGUUGUCAAAAUUGUAUUUAAAAAUGUAAGUAGCAUUUACAUUUAUUCAAUAACAUUUAGCAUAUUAUGCUGGAUUUCUGUACCAGAAAUGUCCAGUUAAUGUACAAAUGUAUGUUACGUCUGCUUAAAUUGUUUAUUUUUUUUUAAAUAAAAGUGCAGCAUCUUCUAAUUACUUUCAGUUUUAUCAGCUUUCUGUAAAUGGAUGCUGCAUUCUAAGACUUUUAUAGUUUUAGAACCUGUAUGAUGUGGUAUAGUAAUCUUCUUUGACUCUAGGAUAAAGUGAAGACCUACUUGCAAAUCCACGUACCAUUGUUUUUAACAUUUCAGAGUUAAAAAAGCAGUGGUCAGUAUAAAAAGGAAAAAAGUAAACAUUUUAUUUUUGGACAAGCUGCUAAUUUUAGCUUGUUGGAAAGAUUAAUUUGAUAGGUUUGUACACAAGUAUCAUGAAAUUAAAAACAAAUUUUUCGCUAUGUUGGGUGCUUUGUAGUUUAAUAACUAUUUAAAAGAAACAAUUGAGUGAAUUUAGUAAAAUAUUUGGUCCUCCUCCCAACUAUGCAUGUGUAAAUGCUUGUAAUCUGGUUUCUUCCCCUCUGGCUUCUCUAGUGGUAUAAAGAAUGGUGCCGCUUUAAGUUCUUCCCCCCCACCCCACCAGUAAAACCUUUUGGUACGUUAUUUGAUGUUUACAUUAAAUGUGACAUUAUACACAGAUAUUCAAAUAUUUUGCUAACUGUUUUGUUUGAGGAACAUCAUUAAACAAGAUUUUUAUGUUUGUCAAAGCUGUAUCCAAAUUAAUCCACAGUUUUGGGGAGUCGAGUUGUGGGGAAGGGAGGGGGAGGAGAUGUGUUCUACCCAGUUGUUUUUAUCUUUGUAUGUUCUGCUAAGGUUUUCCACAAUCUUGGUCUUUUACCACUAUAUAUUGAAAGUGAAAUCUAUAAAGAAUUAUACAGCAAUAUGUAACAAAAUUUUGGAAAAAAACAUUUUAGGGUAACGUUUACCUUUCAGGUUGUGGUCUUGUACACUGUUCAUACUUUUGAAGUAAGGGAUGUAUCUUUUAUAGCUUCUAUAGAGGCACGUGUCCUCCUUUACACUUGAAAAGAUCUCUUUGAUCGGGAAGAUUAAUUUUUAUCCGCAGUUUAUUUAUUUUAGUUUCCCAUUGUAAAACACAAGAGUUGCAGUUACAAAAGUAGCAUUUUAAAAUGUGUUCCUCUUUGCAGUAGCACAGCUUCCAACAGCUUUGCAACCAUUGGGAUCUAUCUGCAGCCUUUUGCUGAAUGUUUCUGCUUGCUUCUGUAUUCAGCCUGAUAUUUGCUUUCAUUGUGGUCCUCUUGAAAAUUGUAAAUUCUGAUGGUAACCUCUCAGCUUGGUCAAAAUUACUGAUUUUAAAUAAUCAGGAUUUUACUCAAAGGUGUUUCUGUAAAAGAUCUUCAUAUGCACUGUGCUAUUUGGAUGGUUACUGGGCUAAUGGUUCAGAAAAGCAAGGUAGAGUUCCAUAGCUGUGUAACUUUAUUUCUUAAUGACCAAACACGAAUCAAGAAGAAAGUCUCUGCUCAAUUUUACUUAGCACUCUGAGCAGGAUGAUCAGAUCAGGAAGACCCUAAUGUCCAAAGGCCAGCUUCUCCGCAUCUUAAAUAGAGUUCUUGUUGCUCUCAUUAGCAACUUUGGCCAAUUAUUGAUGAUAAUGGCAUCCUGAACUGGCUCAAAAAAAAAAAAAAAAAAAAGAGUGGGGGAGACAUGGUCAGCUCCAAUGCAGUAAGUGAAGCUAUUUCUGAUUUUCAUCUCUGAAGUUCUAAAUUGUAAUCUGCCCUUAAUUAUUCAUGAAAAAUUCUACUGAAAACAAUGAGACUCAGCUGCCUGAUCCUGGUCCUGGUCCAUGCAAAAGAGCAAUAGCAGGUUGAUUAGAAUGGAAAUAUACUCACCCAGUUGAGAACUCUAAAUCAUAUAUUUACAUAGACUCUUAGGUUUCUGUUCAUCUCAUAUGAAAGUUAAACUAAUACACAUUGCUUGUACUUUUAUUUUGAACUGUGAGCUAGUUGAGGAAUAGUUGUUUACAUCUGACUGUUCAUACUUCAGCUGUCACAUGUUGGCAUUUCUAUUGCAGCAACAUCUUCCUAGAGACAUUAAAGCAUAUCUUUUUUUCUUGUCCCA